CGAAUGGCAGUCAGCGGCGCAGCCGAAAUGAGUCUGUCGAGUUUGACAUAAAAAAUAAAAUUACCAAGAACGGAAGUUCGGAAAUAAACUCCGUUACCGGCUUUGCUGUCGCAGGUCUCGUUGUACCACUCCGAGAGGCUGUGCGCCGCUCUGCUGGAAGUAUUCGCCAGCUUGUUUUCAGGCGAGGAAGCCGAGGAGGCCCGGUCGGGUCCGGGAGAGGAGCGGCUGCCUCGGAGUUGGAGCUGAGAAUAUGUAACAGCUGUCACCAUGACAUCACGAUUUGGGAAAACCUACAGCCGCAAAGGAGGCGACGGGAGCUCCAAGUUUGACGAGGUUCUGUCCAAUAAGAGGGCGACGCUCAGCACCAAAUGGGGCGAGACCACCUUCAAGGCACAGCUGGUGUCAAAGCGGACGAGCGGGGCCCUGGAGGUGAGCGAGGCCCCGAAGCGGCCGCGCCUCUCGGAGGAGGAGGGCUCCGAGGACCCCUUCGGCUUCGACAGCGAUGACGACUCCAAGCCGGUGACAUCCCGCGUCGUCAGACCGCCGUCUGCGGAGUUACGCCCCGCUGAGAGGCCGAGCAGCGCCCAGGUGCAGAACAGCCUCGCCGGGCAGGAGGCUGCCGGCAGUGAUGGGAGCGCUGCACGGGGCCCGGACCCCCCCAGCGGCGCAGCGUUCAGCGGAAGCAGGGCUGCAGGCAAGACGCAGCAAAGUGGAGCAAAUGAGGGCACUGAGAAGCAUAGCUACACCUGGUACAAAAACGCAUCGGAAAGCGACAGGAAGCCCUUUUCUCAGACCACCAGCCUAAAGACGGAGGCCAGGGGGCCGUCGGAGAGCUGGAGCUCAGUGGCAGGGCUCAGGUCCAGCUCCCCCAGUGCGGAGCUUCCCAAGGGCAGAGACUCGGUGUGGAUGUCCAGCUACGUGGACGACGACGACACCAAAGGACCCUGCAGCGAGGAUGAGCUUGGCUCCGAGCCGGACAGGGACUGUUCUAACACGUUGGGCAGUGGCGAGCUGAGCCAGGAGGUCCCGGAGGUGCCCCUCGAGCCCUCCCAAUCGGACACCCACUCCCCCCCUCCCCUCCGGCCGCCCAACUGCCGGACGUACCAGCGGAAGCAGGUGCCGAGCGCGGGGAACGGGGACGGCAGGCCCUCCGACGGCGGCGGUGUGACCACAGCCAGACCUGGUGGCUCCGGGUCCGCGGCCGACAGCAGGCCCGGCGGGCGCGCUCGCACCCGGGACUACACCGUGCUGCACCCGUCCUGCCUGUCCGUCUGCAACGUCACCAUCCAGGACUCCAUGGAGAGGAGCAUGGAGGAGCUCACCGCCACCCCCACCGCCGACCCCGGCGAGGCUGGCCGGCUCAGGAAGAAGAAUGAAGCCCCGCCCCCCAAGCCUGCCAGGUUCAGGCCCACGCAGAGCAAGUCGAAAAAGGAGAGUAAGCUGGAGUUCUUCGGCUUUGAGGACAGCGAAGGGCAGGAAGAAGAGGGAGACCCCACGGCCUCCGGCAGCGCCAACUACAAGAUCAAGUACUUUGGCUUCGAUGACCUGAGCGAGAGUGACAGUGACGAGGAUGAGGGGUCCCAGGCCGCUGAGAAACGCAGGGCCAAGAAGGCGGCGGCGGCCAUGUCCUCGAGUGUGGACAGUCUCCAGCUGACCGACUCCCAGGACAGCCAGGCCAGCACCAACACAGAUAUUCUGGAAUUCCCAGACGAAUCGUCUCCUGCCGUGCCCGAAGCGCCCAAGAGACUGCUGGGAAAACAGGUGGAUAAAUCCAAGGAGAGCAGCAGGAAGAUUUUCAGCGGCCCUAAAAAGACUCCAGCAAAGGCGGUGUAUAACGCCAGGCACUGGAACCAGCCUGAGUGUGAGGAGCUGCCCCCACCUCCCCUGUCCCGAUCGCACACCGCCCCGGCCGGUAUAUCAGGAGGGAGCAGGGAGCUCAGCUCCCACAGCGAUGACGGCGUGUUCAAAGCCCCGCCUCCGCCACCCAAAGUCAUCAAGUCCGUGACCAUCCCCACCGAGCCCUACCAGGACAUCGUCACCGCACUGAAGUGCAGGACGGAGCACAAGGAGCUGUACACUGUGGUGCAGCACGUCAAGCACUUCAACGACGUGGUGGAGUUCGGGGAGAAUCAGGAGUUCACAGACGACUUUGAGUAUUUGGAGACCGGCCUCAAGAGCAGCCAGCCCCUCAACACACGGUGCCUUAGUGUGAUCAGCCUGGCCACCCGGUGUGCCAUGCCCAGCUUCCGCAUGCACCUGAGGGCUCGAGGGAAGGUGGCCCAGGUCUUCAAAAUGCUGAGCGACGCCCCUCAGCACCAGAACCUGGCUCUGUGCACGGCCUCGCUGAUGUACAUCCUCAGCAGAGACCGGCUGAACAUGGAUCUGGACCGGGCCAGCCUGGACCUGAUGAUCCGGCUGCUGGAGCUGGAGCAGGACGACCGGGCCGAUGCCCAGCUGAGCGCCCGCGAGAUGAGCAAGGUCAAGGAGAAGAUCCGCAAGCUGUGCGAGACGGUGCACAACAAGCACCUGGACCUGGAGAACAUCACGACGGGGCAUUUGGCCAUGGAGACGCUGCUGUCACUGACCUCCAAGCGGGCGGGUGAUUGGUUCAAAGAGGAGCUGCGAUUGCUGGGAGGCCUGGAUCACAUCGUAGACAAAGUGAAGGAGUGUGUGGAAAACCUGAACCAGGAGGAUGACAAGGAGAACCUGGUGGCGUCGCUGUGGGGGGCAGAGAGGUGUCUGCGAGUGCUGGAGAGUGUUACAGUUCACAACCCGGAGAACCAGAGCUACCUGAUCGCUUACAAGGACUCGCAGCUCAUUGUCUCCUCUGCACGGGCCCUGUGGCACUGUGAGGAGAUGAUCCGCAGGUACAGCCGGGAGGGGGAGGGGUCCCGGGCCCCGGCGGCCACACCACACUGCAGCUUCAGCAACGUGGGCAAGGCUGUGGAGGACUGCAUGCGUGCUGUCAUCGGGGUGCUGCUCAACCUUACGCACGACAACGAGUGGGGGAGCACGAAGACGGGGGAGCAGGAGGACCUCAUCGUCACAGCGCUGCACUGUGUGCUGCGAGUCCCUCAGUUUCUACCUCAGGAGCAGAGAUUUGACAUCCGAGUGCUGGGCCUGGGUCUCCUUAUUAAUCUGGUGGAGUACAGCGCCAGGAACCGCCACUGCCUGGUGGAGAUGGUGAUGGACACGCCACCCUGUGAUUCGCUGUUCCUGGGAGAGGGGGAGGGGCUGAAGACAGAGGGACCCUUCAGCGCCAUCGCAGCACUGGUGCAGCUCUUCCUGCAGCGCGAGCGUGCAGCUGUUCUCGCGGAGGCCGAGACGGAUGACUUCAUUAAGGAUGCGCCGAAGGCCCAGCCGGACCAGAGCGGAGAAUGGCAGGAGACAUCGGGCGAGAUCCAGUGGGUCGCCUCCGAAAACAACACGGAGAACGAGAACAGCACGCAGAAGGAGAAAAAAGAGGAGGAGGACGAAGAGCUGGACCUCAACAAGGCUCUCCAGCACGCUGGGAAGCACAUGGAGGACAGCAUUGUGGCCUCGUACACUGCCCUCUUAUUGGGCUGUCUCUGUCAGGGGAGUCCCAUGAAUGUGACUACUGUGAGGGAAAAUUUACCUAAAGGAGACUUCUCUAUCAUGACAGAAAUGCUCAAGAAGUUUUUGAAUUUCAUGAACCUUACCUGUGCUGUGGGUACCACUGGUCAGAAGUCCAUCUCUCGGGUCAUUGAUUACCUGGAACACUGCUAGUGGCCUGGCGGUCCCGGCUCACACUGGAGCCACGGCACGCAGAGAGGAGCACCAGAGAGACGCCGUCACCGUCCCCUCGAGCUCAUCGCCUUCCAGCUUCACGGAAUGCCAGCGGAGGUUCCGGACCGUUCCAGCUGUGCUCACAGGCAGCAGCUGCUGCAGGGCCGUCUGUAUUGCAGUUCUGAGCACAAGCGUGUACACACAGGAGGAGAGGGGGAAUGUUAUUACUCACUCUCACAGCGGCUCGUGAGCCGUGACGAGGCUGAUAGCUGUGUGAGGGAGACCUGCUGGGUGUUUCUGUCAGGCUCCGAGGCUUCCGGCUGGGUGUUUCGGUCAGGCUCCCGGCUGGGCGUUUCGCUCAGGCUCCCGGCUGGGCGUUUCGCUCAGGCUCCCGGCUGGGCGUUUCAGUCAGGCUCCCGGCUGGGCGUUUCGGUCAGGCUCCCGGCUGGGCGUUUCGCUCAGGCUCCCGGCUGGGCGUUUCGCUCAGACUCCCGGCUGGGCGUUUCGGCUCCGGAUUGUGUGGUGUGCUGGUCUGCCAGCAUUUCGGCCCUGCAUGCAGCUGCUGGCUCGGUAAGGUGGUGACGCUCUCAGCGAGGUCACUGUCUCUGAGAUCACUGCCUCAGUUUCAUUCAGUAGGUAUGAAAGUGCAGGUGGAUUGGGACGUUUGCUCCCAGGUCUGGUUAAUGUAGAGGGCUGGCAAAGGGAAAAUGUUACACUCUCAUAAAAGGACCUGUGUGGACUUUGUUUUUCAAGUCCAAAUAUGACCCACAGAAACAAAUCCAGCACAUGCCCACUUAGUACGACUUGUUAACAUGUGUUGAUUUCAUGUGCUGGUUUUUGUUUUCAGUUCAUUAUAAGUUGAUAAGCUAAUACUAAAUGUUGAAUAAAUUCUAAGCAGCUCCACUGAGGGGAAGCUCAGAAUGAUUGACAGGUGCUCCACAGUCAGAACAUCCACACUGUCUUGCACAUUGGGCCUUUGGUGGCCUGCAGUGCAUGAUGGGAAUGUUCCUCCCCGUAUACCCACUGGGUGCUCUCCGUCUCUGCAGGGUGCUCCUUUUUCAAACUUUUAUUUUUAAGGAGUGCAAGUUUUAACAGAGAGUCUCCUUUCCUCUCCCCCCGUGCUCCUGUCCAGCCCGUGUUCACUGUGAGUUGUGUAAACUCAGACGUGGAAGCUGAG